AUGUCUUCUUCAUUGACUGUCUCAGCACCCACUGUUGAACACCAUCCGACCGGCUUCGGCAUCGACACUGCCUGCCCCCGUCUGUCGUGGCGGUUUCUCACCCCUCCCGAUUCCAUCCCCGAAGCCUGGGAACAGACAGCCUACGACGUCGAGAUCGUCCGGAAGGAAGAGUCAGCAGAAGCAGAAUCAUACCAUAUCGCUAGCAACGAGUCCUCGCUGGUCCCCUGGCCGAGCACCCCGCUGCAAUCCCGCGAGCAGGCCCGUGUGCGUGUGCGAGCGUACGAUAAUAGCAACCCCGCCCGCCCGACGGACUGGUCGCCCUGGGUAAUCGUGGAAUGUGCCCUUCUAGACAAGAAAGAGUGGAAGGCCGUGCCGAUCACAAGUCAAGUGAAACAUCUCGGUGCAAAUGGUUCGCUGCGACCCGUUCGGUUUCGUCGGACGUUCUCUCUCCCGACCGAUACAACAGCGACAGGGAGAGCCCGGCUGUACAUCACCAGUCUGGGCGUGUACCGCGCGUUCGUCAAUGGGAAGCGCGUCGGCGACCACUGCAUGGCGCCCGGGUGGACGAGCUACCGCCACCGUCUGAAUUACCAGGUGUUUGACGUCGCCUCGCUGCUGGACCCUACAGGGCCGAAUGUGCUUGCCGUCGAGGUCGCGGAGGGCUGGUACGCUACACGGCUGGCGUUCGCUGGCGGGAAGCGGUGCAUCUACGGUGACGAGGUCGGGGUCAUCGCUCAGCUAGAGGUUGGGUCUUCGUUCACUCUCGUCUCGGAUGCCUCGUGGUCAUGUCAGGCUAGCGCGAUCACGAGCAGUGAAAUCUACGAUGGAGAGGUGUACGACGCCCGAGAAGAGACUGUCGGCUGGAACGAAUCGGUUAUCCAGUCCGAUGGAGAAGACAGUCACAGUCAAGGCUGGGCCCCGGUGCGCGAGCUGGCGUUUCCUCAGGCCCGGCUCAUCGCCCCGAAUGCACCCCCUGUAAGAGUGACCGAAGAGGUCAGCCCCGUGGCGAUCAUCAACACUCCGUCCGGGAAGACGGUGCUGGAUUUCGGCCAGAAUCUGGUGGGAAGGCUACUGGUACGCUCUCUGCACAAGCCUCACGGCCACCGUGUGUCAUUUGGACAUGCCGAAGUCCUCGAGAACGGUGAGCUGGGCACCCGCCCGCUGCGGGAUGCCAAAUGCAGGGACGAGAUUAUAUUCGCCGACACGCCACUGGAGAACUGGUCGCCUCAGUAUACCUUCCAUGGUUUCCGGUACGUGCAGGUGGACGGGUGGACGCCUACCGACGCGGAAAACCCGCUUAGUCUCAGCAGUGUGUGCGCCCAGGUUCUGCAUUCGGACCUGCGGCGCACGGGCUGGUUCUCCUGCUCGCACCCAAUGGUCAACAAGCUGCACGAGAACGCGUGGUGGAGUAUGCGCGGCAACUUCCUCUCCGUGCCGACGGACUGCCCGCAGCGCGACGAGCGGCUGGGCUGGACGGGCGACAUCCAGGUGUUUGCUCCCUCGGCGAGCUUCCUGUACCAUACGGCCGGCAUGCUGGGCGACUGGCUACAGGAUCUCUCCGUAGAGCAGCUGCUAGACAGCAAGAGCAAGGCCAUUCCGCCCUUCGUCGUGCCAAACGUGCUGGACGCGCUGCAGGAUGUGGUGCAGGACCUCUGGCCCGAAUUCCCGCAGGCCGUCUGGGACGACGUCACCGUACUGACCCCUUGGACACUUUACCGCUCCUACGGUGACGUCGACCUCCUGCGCCGCCAGUACCCCAGCAUGCAGGCCUGGGUGGACCGGGGUGUCGCCCGAGGAGACGACGGUCUAUGGGACCCCGAGUUGUGGCAGCUGGGCGACUGGCUAGAUCCCACCGCACCCCCCGACGAGCCCGGCAAUGCCCGCACGAACGGCACGCUGGUGGCAGACGCAUACCUCGUCCACGUCACCUCCGUCCUUGCACAGAUCAGCACCCUCCUCGGCGAGACAGACAAUGCCACCCGCUACGAAGCUGACGCCCGCCGGCUCAAGACCACCUUCCAGCACAAAUACAUCGCCCCCUCGGGCCUACUGGCCGGCGACACGCAGACCGCGCUCAGCCUGGCUAUCAUGUAUGAGCUGCACGCAAACCCGGAACAGACAGCCGCCGCCGCCAAGCGGCUGGCCCUCCUCGUCCGGCUGAGCAAGUUCCGCGUGUCGACAGGGUUCGCAGGCACGCCUAUCAUCACGCACGCCCUGAGCCGCACAGGGAACCACCAGCUCGCGUACCGCAUGCUGCUGGAGAAGAACAACCCGUCGUGGAUGUACCCGAUCCGCAUGGGGGCCACGACCAUCUGGGAACGAUGGGACAGCAUGCUGCCCGACGGGUCCGUGAACCCGGGCGAAAUGACAAGCUUCAACCAUUACGCUUUGGGGUCCGUGAUCGCCUGGCUGCACGAGUACGUCGCCGGCAUCUCCCAGCUGGACCCAGGUUGGAAAACCUUCCGCGUCGCCCCCAUCCCUGGUGGAACCAUCACCUCCGCCCAGGCAGCGUAUGAGACACCCUACGGCCGGGCCGAGACUCGCUGGCAGAUCGUCGAUGGAGACCAGUUCGAGCUGCACGUCUCUGUGCCCCCCAACAGUACUGCGCUGGUCAUCCUUCCGCAUGAGUGGGAGGGGACCGUCAUGCCCGACACGGGACGAUGGGUCGGGUCAGGAUCCCAUUCUUUCCACAGUCGGUGGAGCAAUACGCUGCACUGGCCUCCUAAGACAUUAUGGACUCCAUUGGGGGGUGAAGAGGCGUUAUCAAUUGUUUAA